GGGGUUCGGGAGGCGGUUCACUUCUCUUGUCCGUGUACACAUGUACUGUGUGUCGGAAUCUUCGCCGUGAAUGCGCCCGCGGGCGUGCGGUGUACACAACAGGAAGAACUCUCCCGGCUGUCAAUCGCUCGCUUAUCUGACGGUAGCGGAAGGUCGGUAACAGACGCAACAUCCCGGCACCGACGUUCAACACCACCCUCACUUGUUGUGCCCUGUUCGUGAUUUUCGGUGUCCCCCGUGGAAGAGAACUCCGAUCAGCUGUCUCUGGGUGACUUCCCUCUCUCCGUUUCAACAUCUAGCUUGCGGAAACUUCAAAUGCGACUUCAGUAUCAGUGUGUUUAUGCGUCGCUCGCGUCUGCCGCGGUUGGCAGGGCAACAGAUAUUCCGUGGAACAAAACCGCCGUAGUCUAAUCGCUGACGCCGAGCGACGUGAUGGACGUUCACGGAGGUGUGGACUGCGAAUUGCUGCAUUCCUUGAACAGUACAUGGCAGCAGUGUGUUUUCGUGAAGGAAACGGCGCAAUGCCACGAAGAUGAAGCCUUUAUCCCCUAUAUUACCUUCGUGUACUGUGGCGGCGGAGCACCAUACGGCCCACUUUGUGUCCUCAUAUUAUGGCUCGUACUCCUGUUCAUCAUGCUAGGCACAAGUGCGGAUGAUUUCCUGUGUCCAGCGCUCGUGGUUGUGUCAAAGACGCUGAAGAUAUCGGAAAGUCUCGCUGGGGUGACCUUACUGGCGUUUGGCAAUGGUGCUCCGGAUAUCAUUUCUGCGAUCUCUGGCGUGCAGCAACAGAGGCCCAGUCUAGUUGCUGGAGGGCUCUUUGGUGCGGGAACUUUUGUGACCGCCGUUGUUGCGGGCCUGGUGUUCAUCCUCUGUCGCUUCGACAUAGAUUCUGGAGCAUUUCUUCGCAAUAUCAUCUUCUACCUCGUCGGUUCCUUCUGGCUCUUUUUUGUGUUCUAUGACGGCUACAUGACGUUAAUCCACGCCGUGGGAUUUCUCGUCUUGUAUGCGAGUUACAUCUCGUCUGUGCUGCUGGGACAGAUACGCUGGACACCUUCUGCGGACUUGGUGGUGAAUGACACAGAAACAGCUGCGCCAACGCGGGAAGGAAAGAUUGACGGCAACCUGCUGUCUGUGCCUGACCGCCCGCCAUAUCUUUCGGCGAACAGCACGGGCGCGGAUCUGCUACCUGUUGCCGGUGAUACUGAAGACCAGCGAACGCGCAGGCGUCGCUCAAGUUCUGCAGCCAGCAUUCAUCGACAUCACGAGCACGCCAUUGCAUCUGUGCUGCAUGGCUCGGCAGAAUCAACGGUAUCCUUCAGCGAGAGUCCCAAUGCUCAUCGGAGAAUUGUUCGAGUUCGUGACGGCUCCGUAUCGGAACAGACGCCACUCCUGCGCGAGGAGUCGUCUCGCACCGAAGAUGCUGAAUUUCAGCGUGGACAUUGCCAGGAACUCCUGGUUCAGCUUUUCCCAUUCGAUGCCGAAUGGUCGGCUACAAGAAAUUGUAUCGGUAAGGCGUACGACAUAGUCAUCUUCCCCCUACGUUUGAUCCUGACCCUGACUAUUCCCGUUGUGGACUUCGCGAACGAUAAGUCCAACUGGUGUCGACCGCUCAACACCCUUCACUGCAUCACGGCACCAUUGGCGGUGUGCGCCAUUCUGGGCAAGGCUAACGUUCAAGUUGGUGGUGUCCUGCCACUGUGGUCUGUCGUCACCAUGCUGGGAUUGCUGCUCGCCGUGCUUGUCUGGACCACAUCGGAGUUCGACAGAGCUCCGAGGUAUCACGUGGCGUACGGCUUCUUAGGUUUCAUCGUGUCUCUGUUGUGGAUCUACGGCGUUGCUCAAGAGCUUUUGGGGCUGCUGCGUACGUUGGGUGUCGUGGCUAACGUGAGUGACGCGUUGCUGGGGCUCACCGUACUCGCUUGGGGUAACAGCAUCGGUGAUUUAGUGACCAACAUAACGGUAGCUCGCCAGGGGUUUCCCAACAUGGCAGUGGCUGCUUGUUUUGGCGGUCCGUUGCUCAACAUGCUUUUGGGCAUUGGAAUUUCGUACACGUGGCUUUUAACGCGCACUCCGUCUCAUCGACUGCAGCUCGAGUACGCGCCGUUGCUGUCGGUGUUGUAUCCCGGCUUGGUGUCUAGCCUGUGUACGUCACUAGUUGUAACGUUACUUGUGUGGUAUAAGUCGAGUAGACUUCACGGCUGUUUCUUAUUGUCACUUUAUGCCGUUUUCUUGAUUCUUGCGAUACUGAAGGAGAUGGACGUACUUUGAAGUGUUGUGACUGGGUGCUUGUGAUUGGUAGAGGGGUAUAUUAGGCAAUGCAACGGUGACACGAUCGAACAUGUGCUUAUCUCGAAUAGGCACGGUUUAUGUCACGUCCUUUGGCCUCGAUUGGCAUGACUUUUCGAAAGCUGGGAUUCCGUUUGGGUUACCCAUUACUAGCGUUGCUACCUUUCGGUAUUUUCAUUUGGCAAUGGUUGGGGGUGCUUGCCGAUGCCUUUUUCGGAGAUACCUUUGGGAGAACCUCCGAAACACUCCUUUCCGGCUCCUGUGGGCGCCUCCCGAUUUUUGCCAAACGAAACCACGGAAAAGUCGGAACCCUACCCAUCACCUUCCCGUUUCCAGGCAACUAAUUUCUUUUUCUGACCAACAACUUUCCAAUGCGUUGCAGCUAUCUCCUUAGCAUUGUGCGCAGCUAAAGUCUUCCCGCACCGGUCAACAAUAUUUGCUGGGUCAAGUGUACCCACGCAGCGAGUGGGCAAAAUUGCCCUGCAACAUUCGAACGGCGGUGAGGUCCCAUCUUAAACGUUCACUAUGCACCAAAAUGGACCGUGUCAUACAUGCACAGGGGUGACACAAACCCGCCAUUGUUGUAACUACCCUCAAGCGGGUGCUUUUGGCAAAACUGCCAUCUUGUCCUGGUCGUACGUCAUAGAAAACGUCAUUUUGAGGUCAUGUGACUUUGUUUACAUGUCGUUUUGCCGCUUACAGACAUAUUUUCGCCGUCAUAACACCAAAAGAUGAACGUAUUUUGCCAGCGGUGCUUCUUCCGCAACAUGGUAGCCCGUUUCAGCUUAGUUUAAGUACAUCGCAUCGGCUCGGUAAGUCUUAACGCGCGGUCGUCAUCACAUCUUUGGAAGUUGUCAACAAUACGAGGCUUUAUGUGUAAAACUCCGCGUUUUAUUGCGAGAUUAUCGGAUAAAAAUAAUUAUCGUGAUCGAAAAACAUCCAAAACGUCGUCCAGAAACAAUAACCGCAUUGUUUACAAACGGUUUGGCCACCGAUCACGGGCGCCGCCAUCUUUAAGGUCACGUGUGCCUUGACGUUUGCUGUGACGUGCGACCAGGACCUGUCCGGGAUGCAUUGCGUUCGCCAAGCACGCUUUCGUCUACGGAGCAAUACAUUGGAUGCCACCCCUGUGCAUACAUGCCAUACUUGAACGUCCGGCGCCUCACUGGAAAAUUAGCAAAAAAAAAAAAAAAAGUCAGAAAACGAAUAGUUUCGGUUUUCUCAGUGGUGUAUUAGUCUGUUUCAUUCGAAGGAGCAAUAAAGAAAAAAAAAAAAAAAGAAGAACGAAAAGAGGCAUGAACAUUGUGGUUGGUUUUAAAAUUAUACUCGAAGUGCCCACAUAUACCGCCUUCAUAGCAGCAGAUAGCACGGCUUUACCCGCGUGUUCUCUGCUGCUUUUUCCAGCCUCAUGGUCCAACCGCUGAGUCAUUGUGGACGAGCUCCAGUGAAUAAAUAAAUAAAUAAUGUAUUUUUUUUUUUUUUGCUGGGCGAACUGAGAAGAUUCAUAAUGCAAGAAAAACGUUGAGCUUGAGGACACGUAAAAGACGGAAAAGCCUUCGUGUUGUGCCGGCUUUUACGUGUCCUACACCUCAAGGGUUUCUUGCACUCUACAGGGUGUCCCAGAAAACGUGUCAUUUAAAUUAUAAUAAAGAAACUACGCCACCUAGAAUCAUGCAGUGAACGACAUUUAUUCUUAUUAGGUUUUUGUCCACCUCCUGAUGUGAAUGUUAUGUAUCGUAAGUUUAAUUAUGUAAAUAUUUGCGAACUGAACUCGGAAAAUUUGCCAAGUAAAGGUCACUUUUUUACCCCACCAAUAUGAAGAGCGUGCCGAACUCACUCAAAUUCAUGAUAAUUGACAGUGAUAUUCACGAGCUAUCCCAUCGGAAAAAAUAGCCGAACAUCAUGCUUUUCGGGGCACCGGACCAUAACGCGCGAUGACUUUCUGAGCGCAAGCGCUCUCAGUCCGACGAAAGGAGGUUCCAAACCCAGCCCACAGUGUGAUAGUAGAAACAGUUAUCCCAGCGAAAGUCCGACGCGAUAAGCCAUUUCUGUGUUAUCUCUUUCUGCGUUGUCGGGGUGGGCUGGGUUUCCAACCUCCUUUCGUCGCACUGACAACGAUUGCGCUGAAAAAAUUCGUCGCGCGCAAUCUUUUGGGAGCUCCGUAGAGCAUGAUGUUCGGCUAUUUUUUCAGAUGGGAUAGCUCCUGAAUACCCCUGUCAAUUAUCAUUCAUUUGAGUAAAUUAGACAUGCUCUUUACACUGGUCGGAUAAAAAAGUGACCUUUACUUGGCAAAUUUCCGACUCCAGUUCGCAAAAAUUUACAUAAUUAAACUUGCGUUACAUGACAUUCGCAUCAGGAGGUGGCAAAAACCUAGUAAGAACAAAUGCCGUUGACCGCAUGACUCUAGGUGGUGUAGUUUUUUUAUUAUAAUUCAAUGACACGUUUUCUGGGACACCCUGUAUAUAUUUAUGUACAGAUUUUAUAUAGUUGGUACGGAUACAUUUUUGACCGAAUUUUUAUAUACAAUUUCAUUGUUAGGUGCCGAAUAAUUAGAGUUUCGUGGUUAAGUAACAGCGGCACGUCGCCGAUUGCACUUUCGUUGACAGAGUGGUGUACCUUGUCUCCCGACACUUGCUCGCCUGUGACAGCCCUGCCUUAUCGAGUCGUGUCACCUGUGAUAAUUCACGUUUUGUAUGGUGCCUGUGUUUUGUAUUGUUAAUCGAAUCUUUUAUCUCCUUUAAAAUACCAAAACUUGGUGGACUGCUGAUUAAAAUAGUCUCGCGCGUGCGAGGUAGUCGGGUACGCUGAGGUGACAUUUUGGUUACUUGAUGUACUGAACGUGUAUUACAUCUAGCAUAAAUGUGAAAAUGCAAACACUUAAACGAAGAUUAAAAUUAUCGAAGAGUAGGACACGAAAACUUUUGAGUCACGAUGUCUCCACUGAAGCGGUCGUAUUCAGCGAGACAUCUAGAUUUGUGUCCAAGACGUUAGCAAGGCUUACUUCUAACAAUGAGGGAUAACGCCCGUUUGAAUGGAUGAGAAGGCUGCUGUCAGCCGUGUAUUAGACGAUUGAUUGGCUGGCUGGCUGGCUGCUUGACUGAUUUGUGUAAUAAGAGUGUGCGUAGCAGGUCUAGAAGUCCAGAUUGUGGCGGAGCCGCGUAAAGCAAAUAAAGUGUUCUGCGA